CCUCCAUUCUCCGUUGCUUAUCAACGAAAAAUCCAGCACAACCGCCGAUCUCUCAUUUAUUCUCAUCUAUCUUCUCCUUCGCUGAUCUCCCAUUUCUCCCUCAAAUCCCUAAUCUUAAUUCCUAUUCCUCAAUCAUCUGCUUCUCACACCAGCCAUGGCGCCUACCGAAGAGCCUACUGUCGCCGCGGAAGCUACCACCGACCCCGCCGUGACCGAGCCGGCUGAAGAGAAACCGGCAGCUAAAGCUUCGAAGCCGAAGAAGGCCAAGGCGCCGAAGGAGCCUAAAGCUAAGAAGGCGACCGGUCCAAAGAAACCCAGGAACCCUCCCGCUCAUCCUCCUUACAUUGAGAUGAUCAAGGAGGCGAUCGUAUCGUUGAAAGAGAGGACUGGUUCGAGUCAGUAUGCCAUCACCAAGUUCAUCGAGGACAAGCAGAAAUCCCACCUUCCACCCAACUUCAAGAAGCUUUUGCUCUUCCACUUGAAGAAACUUGUUGCUGCUGGGAAGCUCGUCAAGGUCAAGAAUUCUUACAAGCUCCCGCCAGCUCGACCUGCAGCCGCUCCCGCCGCUAAGAAGCCAGCAGCCGCUCCCGCUGCCAAGAAGUCGGCAGGUGCAAAAUCUAAGGCACCAGCCAAACCAAAGGCGGCAGCUAAGCCUAAGACUGCGGCUAAGCCAAAGGGCGCUGCGAAACCUAAAGCUGCCCCUGCUAAGCCGAAAGCUGCCGCGAAACCAAAGGCAGCUGCUAAACCGAAGCCAGCGGCUAAGCCGAAGCCUAAAGCCGCCAGACCUGCCAAGGCUGCCAAGACAUCGGCAAAAGCUACUCCAGSGAAGAAGGCACCAGCUGCAAAGCCAGCCGCGACGAAGAAGWCUACCGCCAAGAUCGUGAAGAAGCCCAAGAGUGUGAAGUCGCCGGCCAAGAAAGCUCCGGCGAGAAAGGCCAAGAAGUGAUGAGGAAUGUCGCGUUCAGUCAAGGGUAGUUUUGUAAAUGCGUGGAUGAGUUUGGGGGGUGUUUUCAUGCCCGAAAGAAAAAAAAAAGUUAACAGGAUUUGUACAACAAUGCAUCUCUUCCUCUUCUUUUUCUCUUCUUUUUUUGUUAAUUUUAAAUUUCUUUUCUGGCCUCCAUUUGUUCUGUUAGCGAGUUAGAGAAAUUUAGAUGUAAUUUGAGUAAGGGAAAUGGACGACUCUGAUCGUUUCCCUGCUUUGUACUCACCGUGAUGCAGAGAUAUGUUGAUGAAUUAGAAUCAAUUGACUCUCUUUUAUUUUUCUCCAA